AUGACGUCUUCGCAGUUCAACCAUGCCGCAACACAAGCGAUUGGCGACAUCACAAAGUACUACGACAACAUCGCCGAACGACCCGUUCUUCCUUCCGUCGCCCCUGGAUAUCUGGCUAAGAUCCUGCCGCAAUCACCGCCCACCGAAGCCGAGAGCUGGGACAAGAUCCGCGCCGACAUGGAGUCCAAGAUCAUGCCCGGCAUGACGCAUUGGCAGAGUCCCGACUUCAUGGCCUUCUUCCCGGCCAGCAGCUCAUAUCCAGGCAUGAUGGGCGAGUUGUGGUCGGCUGCAUUGACCGUGCCCGCCUUCAACUGGCUCUGCUCGCCCGCCGUCACCGAACUCGAGACAAUCGUCAUGGACUGGGUCGCUCAGAUGCUUGCACUGCCCGAAUGCUUCUUGUCAAAGGGUAAGGGCGGCGGUGUCAUCCAAGGCUCUGCUUCCGAAGCCAUUGUAACAUGUAUGGUCGCUGCUCGUGAGCGCUUCAUCACGCGGACUCUGGAGAAAGAAGGCAUUGUCCUCACUGAAGAACAAAAGGAGGACCGUUCUGCUGAGAUCAGAAGCAAACUGGUUGCACUGGCUACAAAACACACACACAGUUCCACCCACAAGGGUGCGAAUAUCGCUGGCACGAGAUUCCGCAGCAUUGACACUCAACUGUCGAAUGCUUUCGGUCUGCAAGGUCGCGAACUCCGAGCCACGAUCGAGAAGCUCAAGUCUCAGGGGCUGGAGCCUUACUUCUUGACCGUCUCUCUGGGUACGACAAACACUUGCGCAGUCGACGAUUUCGCCUCGAUUGCAGAAGUCAAGAGAGACUACCCCGACAUCUGGAUACAUGUUGAUGCCGCCUACGCCGGUGUCGCCCUCGUCUUGCCAGAAUACCAACACUACUGCAAGCACUUCUCUGCCUUUGAUUCCUUCGACACAAACCUCCACAAAUGGCUCCUCACAAACUUCGACGCUUCCUGCCUCUUCGUCCAAAACCGCCGCGAUCUCACCGAUGCCCUCUCCAUCACUCCCGCCUACCUCCGCAACGAAUUUUCAGAUCAAGGUCUUGUUACUGAUUACCGCGACUGGCAGAUCCCUCUGGGCCGCCGUUUCCGCGCUCUCAAGGUCUGGUUUGUCAUCAGGACUUGGGGUGUGGAAGGUCUUCGCGCACACAUCAAGCACCAUCUUAAACUCGCUGACCUCUUCGUUUCACUGGUGAAAUCACGUAGCGAUCUUUUCACCAUCAUCACACCUCCUGCUUUCGCUUUGACUGUAUUGACACCAGAUUCCGAUACAUUGACACGGGCGAACGAGGUGACGAAACAGGUUUAUGAGAUUAUCGACAAGGAAAAGAAGGUAUUUUUGACGAGUUCGUUGGUUGGAGAUGCUUAUGCCAUCAGAGUUGUCAGUGCCAAUCCAUUGGCGAGUGAAGAAGGUAUCCGCAAGGCUUUCAGGUUGUUGGUAGAGGCUGCAGAGACUGUGCUUGACGUCAAGAAAUAG